AUGGCUGCUUUCAUCAAAGGGAGCCCAGCAGCACUGCAUGAAACCAUCCGUGAUUUCCUGGACCUAGGGACUCAGGAAUGUGAUUUACUGGAUGCUCAACUCCACGUCAGAUCUAAAGUUGAAGACAUUGUCUUGGUUUUGAUGCCUUGGCGAGCGCUUGUGAUAUUGGCAAAGCUCCCAGUCAAGGUACAAGUGAGCUUCAGCUUCCUGGCAAUAAAGACUAUCAGAAUGGCAGAAGCAAACCAGUUUGUUAUAGAAACAGAUACAUCUUGUUUUGAAUUCAAGUUCUUCUCCCCGGAUGAUUUGGAGCAUGUAGUCAUCCACGUGGUUGCAUCCCUUAAGAAGGUCUUUCCAGAUUCUUCACCUGGAAUUAUACUCCAGAAUGCAUCGCCCAGCUUGCUUGAGGAAAUUCAAGGGACAACCGAGUCUUUGGAAGCGCUGCUAAGGGAAAACCAAGGCCCGUGUGGUGGGUUUUCAGAGACAUACGCUGCCCUCUGUGACUACAGUGGCCUCCCGUUCCAAGAGGAGAUCCAGUGGGAUGUGGACAAUAUUUAUCACACUCAAGGAUGCAGAGAGUUCAACUUACUGGAUUUCACCCACCUGCCCAGCCAGGAUGUGGCUCUUAGUGUGGCUGUCUUGUCUUCUAAUCGGUGGUUCACAGCCCUGUAUUGUAAGGACUGCAAACUGAAUCUGGAUGUUCAGGAGCAGAUCCUUCAUGUGCUCAGUCACUCAGUGACUUUGGAAGAGUUGGUGCUGGAAAACUGCAACUUGAAGUUUGAGUUUGCUGAAGAGAUGGCCCAGGCACUCCAUGAUCAUCCAGACUCUGCCUUAAACACCAUUAAUCUCUCCAGAAAUCUGCUGGAAGACCGAGGCAUAAUUGCUUUGAGCCAAAAGUUUGAGCAACAGAUCAAGAGCCUCCAAAGCUUGAACCUUGCCAAGACCUCCUUGACUCAGAAAGGAAUGAAUGCCCUUGGCCUUUCUUUAGCUUCCAAUGGGUUAUUCAGAACCACUCUGUGCCACCUGAACCUCUCUGGGAACCCAGGUAGCUUGACCACCGAAGGCACAAGUGGCUUGUUUUCUUUCCUGACUCAGUCAAAUACUUUAGGUCACCUUGAUCUUUCUGGGACAGACUGUGCUUUGGAUGUGAUCUUUGGUGCCUUGGCUAGUGGAUGCUGCGAGAAACUUGUCCAUCUCAACCUUUCCAAGAAUGUUUACUCUCACAAGAAGAACAAAGUGGUUCCUCUUGCAAUUAGCAAAUUCUUCAGCAAGGUAUCUGCCCUCCAAUAUGUUUCACUGGCUGGAACCAAACUACCACCUGAAGCUUUGAGAGCCUUGCUUCAGGGUUUGGCAUAUAAUGUCCAGUUGAGUGGCUUGAAGUUGGAUCUCAGUAGCUGUGAGUUGCGAUCGGCAGGUGCUCAGGUGAUCCAGGAUCUUGUGUCAGAUGCCAGUUCAAUCAGUGACUUGAAUUUAUGUGACAAUGGGUUUGAUUCUGACAUGGUGACAUUGGUGUUGGCUGUCAGCAGAAGCAGAUCCAUCAAGCAUGUUGCUCUAGGGAGGAACUUUAAUAUCCGCUCUAGGGCUACCUUGGCUGAUACUCUGCAUCGGAUUGUUCAGCUAACUCAGGAUGAUGACUGUUCUGUUGAAUCUAUAUCGGUGGCAGAUUCUCGCCUGAAACUGGGAACUGGCAUCCUUCUAGAUGGCUUGGGAAGCAGGAGCAGUUGCCUUGCUAUGCUGGACAUCAGUGGCAAUGCUAUGGGAGACUGGGGCGCUAAGAUACUAGCAAAGGCUUUGUCAGUAAACACAACACUGAGGACUUUAAUUUGGGACCGGAAUAACACAACAUUGUGUGGAUUUCUUGAUUUUACACGCGCUUUGGAGAGGAAUUUUACUCUAAAGGUGAUGCCAUUGCCAAUGAGCGAUGUGACCCAGGCUUGCCGAAGCCAUCCAGAGAAAAUGGAGGAGGUUGUGCACAAGAUACAAUCUUACCUUGCGAGGAAUCAGAUUAAAGAGAUGCUGGUCAAGGAGAGAUGUCACCUACCGUCAAACUCUACACCCAACACUUCUGAACAGGCAGCGGAUACUUCCCAGUCUCUGCAGAGGUAUACUGAGGGGCUGAACCCUGUCCAAGAUGCGGAUGUUAAAGCUGACAUCUUGUGUGCAGAGGAAAUCAUCAAGGAUGGUUUCUCAGCUGAUAUUUUGCCCAUUUUGUAUGAAGCUGGAAGUAGUCCCCACCAGAAUAUCAACAUUCAACAAAAAAUUGAAAACCUCAUUGAAGAAGUUUCUCAGACCUGUUGGAGGGAAAUGCAGUCCAUCAUGCAAGCGAAAUUAGAUGCCAUGUGGAGCCUUUGCCCCCAAAUCCUGCAGAAAGCUGACUUUGGGGACCAUCUGAUCUGCAACCUGCCAGAGAAGACUGUCCUGGACCAGUUGCUGACAGACAUGAAUGUCAAGCUCAUGGAGAUCCAACUGUCAGUCACUGAGGCCGUGGCCCAUAGUAUCACUGACAAGGCUUUGAAAGAAUUAACUACCAUUGAAGACAUGCUGUACAAGAUGGCUGUACAAUGGAAACCCAGUAACUCUGUGAACAUGCUGCUGACACCUGAUCGAAACAGUCUUUUGGACCUUGAUGUGAAGGUAGAGGCAGAAGAUAACAAGAUUGGGGCUCCCCAAGCUGAGCUGUCACUCAGCUGUGCCUCCUCCGCAAAGUCACGCCCUGCCUCCACAAAGGAUGCUGAGGCUGGGAGCAGGCUGCUUCCUUGCACAGAGCCUGCAUCCCAGGAAUCCCUUAUGGACCUGCCGACUGCGGGAGAGAAAUUGGAGCAUUACACCCGAGACAGGCCCAGGCCCAACCGCAGGAACAGGCAGCCUCCCAGCAGGCCCAAGGUGCAGCCACCUGUGCGUGAGAACGAUGAAGACAGAAGUAUUGCUAGGCUGGAUGAAGGGCUAGAUGAGUUCUUCACAAAGAAGGUGAUUCACGAAGCAUUACUCCCUGUUUCAUUGGAAACGCUCCCGGCAGCAGCUACGUCAACACCUUCUGGCUCUCGGACCUUCAAAAAGAAAAUAGGACACUUCUUUGCCUUUAAGAAGCCAAAGUCGAGUUGGAGUGCCAGGCCAGAGAAAGAGCCUGAGGGCAGUCCCUUGGCAGCCAGGGGCAGGAAGCUUAUGCUCAGUGACAUUUUAAGGACCCCCAGCAAAGCCAGCGAGUCAACUAAAGGACUAAGCAAGUCUGAGGAAGGAGGUCUGGCUGGGGAAAGCAGAGGCUGCUUGGAGCAAAGCCAAACUCCAGAUAGCGCUCGCAGGGCCAGGCCAAAAUACUCCAGGGAGGGAAAGUCCCAAUCCUUGAUACUCCUGUCAGGAGAGGAUGAAGAGGGACUUGGUGUGAGACAAGAAAAGAAGAGACCUUUUGAGAAAAGUGAUGGUGAGAUGCCUGGCUCCUUUGAGCACCGUGUCCAUGUCAUGCUGCAGCGGAUUGGUGUCACCAAGGUGUUAUCUUCUGAAGGCAAAAAUAAGCAGAGCAAAGAUGGAGAGAUCAAGAAGGCUGGUUCUGAUGGGGAUAUCGUGGACAGUUCUGCAGAGUCUCCUUCUUGCGCCUUGAAAUCUCGCACACACUCCAUGUCCACAGAGCCUUCUGUGCGAAUCAAUACCCUGGAUGUUGUUGGCAGAACAGGCACAGAGCCAAGUAGUGGAUCAUCUGAGGGAAGGCUUUCCUGGAGAGCUCUUGGGAGGCAACUGAAUGCAGAGUUAAAGGGCAAGUGUUCAGAACUCAGCUCUUCCCCAAGAAGGGCAUGUGCCAUUCAGGAGCCAGCCAGCCCCAGAGAGCAGAAAGGGAAGGAGAGAUGGAGCAGCAGUUUGCCCAGGAUUGGGAGAGGCACAGCAGGCCAUCUUCCUCACAGAAGGACAAGCAAUGCUGGAGAAGGACAUUCACUUCCCGAACUGCAGCAUUCAUAUGCUGAUGUAAGCACGAUUGCUGGAGACAAUCAGCUCAAACCCAAACCUCGUCUGAAGCCUGUAGCAAGCCGGAGGGCCAUGUCUGUUCACGAAGAACAGCUCAGGGAUCAGGCCUGUGCGGCAGAGCUGCACCAUGCAAAAAUCCCUCUUUGUUUGCAGCGCUCACCUAUCUUGAAGUGGAAGAUUAAACCCAAGUCACUGUUGGAACCUGAAACAACUGCACCAACUGAUUCCCCACGCAAGCCAUCCCAAGAAAGGAUGGUAGCCACAGAAUCAAAGCCAAGAGCGGAAAUGGAAGAGUUGGAACUAGCUCUGGAACAGAUUCUAGAGAACACAGAAAAUACAGCUCUAGACCAAAGAACUGCUGUGCCGCUCUCUAAGUCAUCCACAGAUGAGCACUGAGUCGGUAGCUGGUGCUUCAACACGAUGGCAGCUCCAACACACGAGCACAGAACGAAGGCUUAUGACUUGAAGCAGCAAAGCCUAGAGCAGCAAAGCAAGCAGCAAAGGAAGAGUGCAAGCAAUUCAGCCCAGGGCCAAGCGGAUGCCAGGCCCCUACCAUGGCUCUUGGGUUGGCAAGACUGGUAUUUCCAGCGAGGAUUGGUGACGUCUAAACUCCUGCACGUCUUCUGGGUUGUCCCCUUUUCAUCUUUCACCCUUGUAUACUCCCAUGUAAGUGGCCAGUGUUCUAAUGGUUCAGGUGAAAGAAGCCAAAAACUGAGUGUGCAGGAAACUGGCUAUUUCCGGCUGCCGUUGUACAGCUGAUAGCUGGUAUAGAUGUGAAAAUGUAUAGUGCCAGAAACUGAGAACCACCAGCAGAAGGGUUGGGAGGGAAGGGGAUAACUUACAUACACUGAACUUGUCUGCCUUGCAUCGUAAUGGAGGAUGGUGCUUGGUCAAUGGUAUGGUUGGUUGAAAAAGCUAAAUACAGGCUUGCAGCUGAGCCACAAAAGCCAAGUGGCCUCUCUCACAUUGACAAUCUUACUCCUUCUCUCAGCCUUCAUCGUCUCUGUUCUUAUGGCCCGACUUCUUUUGGCCACAUCCCUUCAUAGCUUCAUAGGAACAAAAGCGACAUUUUAGGCAACUAUCCACCAAUACCGAAGAGGCGUUUGGCAUGAGUGAGGCAGGAGCAGAGUGUGUGUGUGUGGCCACUUUCCCUGAGUGAAAAACUAUUAAUGAAGUCCUAGCCCCUCCGUUCCACAAUUAAAUGAGGAUAAUUCAAAUCAGCAGAAUUGUUCUCUUCUCAUUUACUGUGGUACUAGGACUGUUGUCUUUGCUUCCCUAAUAUUUACAAGAUCCAGCAGUGCCUUGCUGUUAUACAGGGAUAGGAGAAUGAGAUGUUCAGCUUCCUGCAAAAGGAAUGGGCUGGAGCUAUCCUGCCAAGUUUGGUGCUUCUGUUCAAAUCUACUGUAAGAUUAUUGAUCAUGGACAUUCAGAUAACUAAUAAAUAAUAAAUAAUAAAUAAUAAAAUCUUUAUUUCUGUACCGCUUUUCCAAAAAAGAUCAAAGCGGUUUACAGCAUUUCAUCAAAUUACAAAACAAUAUACAAUCAAUAAUACACUUACAUAAAACAUUAUAUAAAAACAGGUUAAAAUCUCACUUUUUAAAACAUUAUCUUAAAUUAACCAUUUGCUCCGGUGCAUUUGCUUUAAGAAGGCUGUAGGUGAUCAUUAGGAUUCACAGCAUAGGUCAUUUAAAAGCACUAUGUUUCCUACAUACAAAGCACUUGAGUGUUCAAGAAAGGGUGAAUACACAUUUUGCAGCACUGAGACUCUAUAGCUGAUCAAGGCUCUACUGUGUGUCCACACUCCAAAAAGAAAUGCAGCCAUCACACAAGACGAUCUAUGUACACUUUCAUUUCCAUUUCCCGCAGCAAAGUGCUUUGGCUGUAGGAAAUUCAUAAUACAAGUGGCUUCAAUUAACUUUGUCUGUUGUUGUUGUGUGCCUUCAAGUCAUUUCUGACUUAUGGCGAUCCUGUCAUGAGGUUUUCUUGGCAAGAUUUGUUCAGAGGGAGUUUGCCAUGGCCUUCCCCUGACGCUGAGAGUAUGUGACUUGCCUAAGGUCACCCAGUGGGGUUCAUGGCCAAGCAGGGAAGCAAAUCCUGGUUGCCAGAGUUAUAGCCCAGCACUCAAGUGACUACACGACGCUGGCUCUCUUUCAAUUAACUACAGUUACUGAAAUUCAGGGAAACUUCAGGAUCACAGCCCCUCUCCCUCCCCAAAUAGGGGAGACAGCUGCAGCCUGAACAGUAGUUGCAGGAAUCUCUCACAGCACCCUUUCGUACUAUCAGUAAUGGAGCUCCACACAUCCCCAAACGUAUUUCUGCACAGAUCAAGAGUAAUCGGGCAUAAGAAUACAACUGCCAAACUCAAACUCCUAUUGACCUUGAUAAACAUUCAGACCCAGAGGGAACCCAGCUCUAUGUAUUGUUCUUGGGUAUCUGCCAUCCAUUACCAGGUGAUUAUUGCAUGUGUAUUUAAGAAAUAUCCUAGCACAAAUUGCUGAUCUUCUUUACUUUAAGUCAUUACCUUUUUUAAAAAAAAAGCAAAGGGUCACAUAAAUGUUUUCUUCUUUCAACUUCUGAACCAUGUUUCAUUUUCUGUGCUCAGCUAUGGAAAGGGCACGAAGGUAUAUUUUCUAUGAUAGCUAUGUUGUUUUUCUAAUUUGUUUGGUCUCCAAAGCAUUUUAUCAAGCAUGUAAGCUAUAUGAAGUAUUUUGUAAUUAAAUGCAACAGGGAAAUGAUCAAAACAAUUAAAGGUACAAACUAUCCAA